AUAAUCGGUAGUUAAUUUUUUUUGGCGGGAGGUGUGCACACUCUUUUGCUUUGCGCUGGGAUUUGUAAAAAUUUCGUUUAAAUAAAAUAUUUUAAAAGAAAUAAGUAAUGGAUCUGAACGAUGCCGUGUUAACAUGCGCGGUGAACAUACACUGGACGAAUGCGGUGGGCAUAACGGGCCGUAAGCUGGCCUACCGCACAGCGACGUUGCGUCUGGUGCGCAACGAUUUGCGCGAAAUGUUUGUUGAAGUGACGCCCGAGAAGCUGAAGCCGCUCAAGUUUAAGCUAAAGGACAUAAUGGUGCACAAGAAAUUCAUGGCCGAGGGCAAGGCGACGUUCAACUUCAAGGCGGAGAAGUGUGCUAUUUAUCUGUCGAAUGCGCCUCCCGGCACCUUGAUGCUCUUCCUGCGCACGAUUUUCAUCAAAAUGAACGGCGAGACGACGCCACAGGACGACGCAGCCAUGCAAAAGAAGCUGCGCGAGCAUAUGCUGAGCUCACGGCCCAGCACCUUUGAGGAGAUCUCCCCAGUGACCACCGCCGAAAUGGUUUUGGCGCGCAAAAAGGCGGGGCUUAUAACGCGUGGCAGCACGACGACGCCCUCGCCCCAGGCCACCAAGAAGCGACGCUACGACGAGCUGAAGGAGGACAAGAGUGGUGUGCCAGCUGCCAAAAAACUGUAUCAGCCCUCACCUCUGGCCAACAACACGGAGUCGGAGGAUUCGCUACGUCUCAGCGCCGAGCAAAUGGAAGUGCUGCGCGCUUGCACCUCGGGCAAGAACGUUUUCUUCACCGGCUCAGCGGGCACGGGAAAAAGUUUUCUGCUACGCAAGAUCAUCUCGGCGCUGCCGCCAGAUGGCACCGUGGCCACUGCAUCAACAGGCGUGGCCGCUUGCCUCAUAGGUGGUACCACGCUGCACGCCUUUGCUGGCAUAGCUGGCGGCGAUGGCACCUUGCAACGCUGCAUUGAGUUGGCGUCUCGUCCUGCAGCAGCGCAAACCUGGCGCAAAUGCAAGCGACUGAUCAUAGACGAGAUCUCCAUGGUGGAUGGACAGUAUUUCGAGAAAAUCGAGGCUGUUGCUCGUCAUGUGCGCCGCAACGAGCGACCCUUUGGUGGCAUUCAGCUCAUACUUUGUGGAGAUUUCUUGCAGCUGCCACCUGUAAUCAAAGGGGAGACAGGUGUGCAACGCUUCUGCUUCCAGUCGAGCGCCUGGGAGAGUUGCAUUCAAUGCGUCUACGAGCUGAAGCAAGUGCAUCGCCAAUCGGAUCCGGAGUUUGUGCAAAUACUCAAUCAUCUGCGCAUUGGACAUGUGAAUGAGAGCAUCUCGGCGAGAUUGGUGUCCACGUCCAAGCAGAAGAUCGAAGGCAAUGGGAUUUUGGCCACACAGCUCUGCUCACACACGAACGAUGCGAACUCCAUAAAUGAAUCGAAGCUGGAGAACUUGAGCGGGGAAAAAGUGCUCUUCCGUGCAGAGGAUUCGGAUGCAUAUAUGAGCAAGCAACUGGAUCAGCAGGUGCAGGCGCCGGCUCAGCUCUAUCUGAAAGUCAACGCUCAGGUCAUGCUGCUCAAGAAUAUCAACAUAGCCAAUGGUUUGGUCAACGGUGCACGCGGCGUCGUUGUGCGCAUUGAGAAGGGUUUGCCCGUGGUGCGCUUUAAGAACAAUCAGGAGUACAUAUGCCGGCAGGAGAAGUGGAUCAUUAAGACAGCGACAGGUGGACUGGUGACACGUCGCCAAAUACCGCUGAAGCUCGCUUGGGCCUUCUCCAUACACAAAAGUCAAGGAUUGACGCUUGAUUGUGUGGAGAUGUCACUGUCCAAGGUCUUCGAAGCUGGCCAGGCUUAUGUAGCACUAUCCAGAGCUAAAUCGUUGCAGUCUGUGCGAAUUCUGGACUUUGAUGCCAAGCAGGUGUGGGCCAAUCCGCAGGUGUUGCAAUUCUACAAGAACUUCCGCAGGCGCCUGAUCGACACCAAUAUGAUACCGCUUGGACCCAGGAACAAGGAUAAAAAACCUGGCGAAAGGGAAGCAAACAGCGCUUUGGCCAAGCUCAAAAAGAGCUUAAUGAACAAGCCACUCGUCUCAAUUAGCUAAUUUAAGUUAGGAAUUAAUCUAGUUAAAACUAUUUCAUUGAGCGCAAGGGUUUCGAUUUUGAGGGAGCUAAAGGCUAAGGGCUUCCUUAAGAUCCGAAUCCUUGCUAUAUGUUUAACUUAUUUAUGAGGUUGGUCUGAAAAUGAUGCGACCUUAACAUAAAUAGCAAGAUUGAUAGUUAAUUAAUCAUUUCUUAUGGAAAGAGCCAGCAUUGUUUCAGCCUACUCUCGUAUGAUACUGCCACAGCUCUUAAGACUUAAACAAACCUUGACUAUAUUUUGUUUUAAGACAACCCAAUCCUUACUUUAGCUAUAUUCCUUUCAUAACGCUGUACUUAAUCUUAACAUAUCCAAGAACGUUUAUUGAACAUUUUGGAAUGUUUAAGAUUGAAUAAUAUUGAGACUGUAAUCAAGAAGCAGUAAAUUUGCUAUCUAGAAUUAAUGCUAACCAGAUAACGAAAGUUCUAGAUGUCUAAAAAAUUGUGCAUGUUUAAUUUAAGUUGUCCUGACUAGCAAAUAUCUUUUACUAUAUCUAUACAACAAUAUAUAUCUAUAUAGAACAAUACGAAUAUAUUUCGAAUCUAAGCUCUAUAAACGGCGAUCGCAUAACUUAACUAUAUAAACGAAGAUUUCAAGAACAAAGCAAGAAGUGUAUGGAAAUAUAUUAUUAAUUUCGUUCUA